GUUGGGCGGCCGGUGGCGGUUCCGGCGGCGGCGGCGGCGGUGAGGACGGACGGAGGGACGCCCGGACGGACGGCUGGAGUCGGAGCCCAGACCCAGACCCAGACCGAGAUCUAGAAGUCGUCGGGGGUCCGAAAGUAACGCGGAGCCGAGAGGAGGCGGGAUGUGGGAGCGGAGCCUCAGCGCCUGAGCGCCCAGCCGGGGCCGCGCCCCCCGCCCCCCGCCCCAGGCCUCUCCCCACCCAUUUCCCGGGCCUCGCUGCGCUGAGCGGAGCGGGCCGGUGAGGAGACGCCCCCGUCCCGCCCCGCCUUCCAGGGGAGCCCCCCUCGGAGACGUCGCCCCGCCCCGCCCCUCCCGGGAGCCCCUUCCCCUAGCUGUCCGCAGCAGCCUCGGCUCUGGUCCUGAGUUCCUGGCUCUCCCCGCAGACUCCCUCCCCCCCCCCCCAGCCGUCCCCCGAUAGGGAACCCCAGCACUCCUCCGGUCUCCCUGGAAAGACUCGCCUCUCCCCCUUGUUUCCUCAAAGACCUGCCCUUUGUCCUAGACUGAGGUCUCACCUUCUUCGCACACAAGCUCUCACACUCUACCCCCCCCCGUCCAUCCCCCCUGCCCCCCAGCACCCUCUAGGCUCCUGAGACACCCCCCCCCCAUCUCCUUUCCCGAAAGAAUUGGAAAAUCCUUUUUAACUGUCCUCAGGGACUUGUCCUCUCUUUCCCCAGGCUAUCAUCAGAAACCCAUCCCAAAUCUCAGAAACUCUUCACUUUUCUCAGCACCUCCCCCCCCCCAAUCCCUUAGAAGAUCUGCUUUCCUCACAGGAAUCCCUCCUUCCCAUAACUGACUUUUUUCCCCACCAGAUUCCCCCAAAAAACCACUUCAACUUGGGGAAUUUCUCCUUUUCUAGCAAGGACAGCCUUCUCCCAUAAUAGCUUCCUCAGUGGGGAUACUUAAGAUACAUUCUUCUAAAAAAACCCUCCCUCCUAGGGUUUUCACUCUAGAAAUCUAACCCUUUUUUUUCAUUUUUUUUUCUUUAAUUGAGGAAUUUUCUAAGGGACCUGAGUGGCAGCUAUCAUAGAGAACCCUUCUCACCCCACCUCCUACAAGGGAACCUAGCACUUCACAGGGACUUCUCUAGGUCUGCCCUCCUGGGAUCUAAGAUUUUUUUGUGGGCAUCUUCUUCAAAGAUCAUUCCCUCACAAUUUCUUUCUUCCCCACCACCUAUCAGGUGCUUUCAAGGGAACCUUUGAAUUUCUACCAGGGGUUUCUUGACCCCAGUCCCUUCCUCUGGCCCCAGUGUUCAUCUCAUAGGGUCCAUUUCCCUGCCGGCUCAGGCCUGGCCCCCACCUGCCCUCCCGCAUGCAGCCCCGAGCUCCCUCGAAGCCCCCUGCCUCCCAGUCCCUCGUCAGAGGCUGCCCAGGGCACCUGUGCCCAAGGCAGUGCCAUCACCAGACCUUGCUGAUCCUGGCCUGGCCUCACCUUCCUGCUCCUCGAUAAGAGAGGCCAGGGGCUCCUGCUUGUUGCCCCCAGCUCCUAUUCUCUGCCUCUCUCCUGAUGCCUCCUGCCCAGACCUGCUUGGUUUUGGCUCCUGUAAUCCUUGUCUAGGGGCCCCUUGUCCUAAGCCUCUUUGACCUUCCCUUGCCUGCUGGAGCCCCCCUGCUCUCUUCCCUCUUCUCCAUCCUGGGGGAGGGGAACCUUCCUGAGGCACCAUGCUGAAGUGCAUCCCCUUGUGGCGGUGUAACCGGCACGUGGAGUCAGUGGAUAAGCGGCACUGCUCACUGCAGGCCGUUCCAGAAGAGAUCUAUCGAUACAGCCGCAGUCUGGAGGAGCUGCUGCUUGACGCCAACCAGCUGAGAGAGCUGCCUAAGCCUUUCUUCCGAUUGCUGAAUCUUAGAAAAUUGGGCCUGAGUGACAAUGAGAUUCAGAGGCUGCCACCUGAGGUGGCCAACUUCAUGCAGCUGGUGGAGCUUGAUGUCUCCCGAAAUGAUAUCCCCGAGAUACCUGAGAGCAUCAAGUUUUGCAAAGCCCUGGAGAUUGCAGACUUCAGUGGGAACCCCUUAUCCAGGCUCCCUGAUGGCUUCACCCAGUUGCGCAGCUUAGCUCAUCUUGCCCUAAAUGACGUGUCUCUCCAGGUGCUGCCAGGAGAUGUGGGCAAUUUGGCUAACUUGGUGACGUUAGAGCUACGGGAGAAUCUGUUAAAGUCCCUUCCCACGUCCCUGUCCUUCCUUGUCAAACUGGAACAAUUGGAUCUAGGUGGCAAUGACUUGGAAGUACUGCCAGACACUCUGGGAGCCCUUCCUAAUUUGCGAGAGCUGUGGCUGGACCGAAAUCAGCUGUCUACACUGCCUCCGGAGUUGGGGAACCUUCGGCGCUUGGUGUGCCUGGAUGUGUCUGAGAACAAACUAGAGCAGCUGCCAGCUGAGGUCAGUGGGCUGACCCUGCUCACGGACCUUUUACUGUCUCAGAACCUGCUGGAGAGGCUCCCAGAUGGCAUUGGUCAGUUGAAACAGCUCUCUAUUCUGAAGGUGGAUCAGAACCGGCUUUGUGAAGUUACUGAGGCCAUUGGAGAGUGUGAGAACCUAUCAGAGCUCAUUCUCACUGAGAACAUGCUGACGGCACUUCCCCGGUCCUUGGGGAAGCUAACCAAACUGACUAACCUGAAUGUGGACCGAAACCGGUUAGGAACACUCCCUGCCGAGGUUGGUGGCUGUACCAGUCUGAAUGUGCUUUCCCUUCGUGACAAUCGCCUGGCUUCUCUGCCCCCCGAACUGGCUGGCACCACGGAGCUACAUGUACUGGAUGUGGCAGGGAACCGGCUGCAGAGUUUGCCCUUCGCCCUCACCCACCUCAACUUGAAGGCCCUGUGGCUGGCAGAGAACCAGGCUCAGCCCAUGCUCAAGUUCCAAACAGAGGAUGAUCAGAAGACUGGGGAGAAGGUGCUCACCUGCUACCUGUUGCCCCAGCAGCCCUCACCUAGCCUUGACACCCUGCUGCAAAGCAGCCUGGAUGAGAGCUGGAGUGGCAGCCAUAGUCAUGUCAACCGGGUCAGCGUGAUCCAAUUCUUGGAGGAGCCUGUGGGAAUAGAGGAUGAGGAGCCUGGGGCAGAGAAGAGGGGUCUACAGCGAAGAGCUACUCCCCACCCCAGUGAGUUGAAGGUUAUGAAGAAAGUGAUUGAGGAUCGACGUAAUGAGGCCUACACAGCAAAGCCUGAUUCAGAGCAGAUGUUGCCCACUGAGGAGGAAAAGAGGCUGAGCUCUCAGUCCCACCAGAGCAUGGACUCCCACAUGUCCACUAGCACAGCCUCAGCUGGCUUCCUGGAAGAGGAAGAGGAAGAGGCGGAGCAGAAGCAGGGGCAAACAUCCGAAAGGGAGACAAGUCACAGAGCCAAUGAGGAGGAGGAGGAGAUUGUGGAGGCUGGCCAUGAGGAGGAAGUGGAGGAGGAAUAUGAGGAGCCCACCGUGCACUUUGCAGAGGACACACUGGUACGGAGUGAAGAUGAGGAUGAAGCUGAGGAACUUCGGCCCCCACCUGGGGAAAGACAAAGGCUGAUCCGGAAAGAUACUCCCCAUUACAAGAAGCACUUUAAGAUCACCAAGCUGCCCAGGCCUGAGGCUGUGGUGGCCUUGCUUCAGGGCCUGUCAGGGGAUGGAGAUGGGGAGCUAGCCCCAACAGCAUGUAGCAAUGGCCCCCAUACUCCACAUGAGCAGCGGCCUCUCCCUUGGGGCCAGCAUGCUGAAAUGAACAAGGAAGAGGACAAUGAACCUGAUGAAGAGAAGAAUGGGGCAGUGGCUGCCCCACCUUCUGUCAAGGGGGUGUCGUUUGACCAGGCCAAUAACCUGCUGAUAGAGCCUGCUCGCAUUGAGGAGGAAGAGCUGACACUAACAAUCCUGCGGCAGACAGGUGGCCUGGGGAUCAGCAUCGCAGGGGGGAAGGGCUCCACCCCAUACAAGGGAGACGACGAGGGCAUAUUCAUCUCUCGAGUGUCAGAGGAAGGUCCUGCAGCCCGGGCUGGGGUUCGAGUAGGGGACAAACUACUAGAGGUGAAUGGGGUAACCCUACAAGGGGCUGAACACCACGAGGCAGUGGAGGCGCUUAGGGGUGCAGGUGGGGCUGUAUUGAUGAGAGUCUGGCGAGAACGGAUGGUGGAGCCAGAGAAUGCCAUCACAGUCACUCCUUUGCGUCCCGAGGAUGACUACAGUCCUCGGGAGAGGCGGGGCAGUGCCCUUCGUCUGCCAGAGCCUUCUAGCCCCUCUGGCCCUCCUCGACAACGCCAUACUACCUUCCUAGUCAGAAGUGAAAGAGGCCUUGGUUUCAGCAUUGCUGGUGGCAAAGGCUCCACACCCUACCGAGCUGGAGAUGGGGGAAUCUUCAUCUCAAGGAUUGCUGAAGGUGGGGCUGCCCACCGGGCAGGCACAGUACAGGUUGGGGACCGAGUAAUCUCAAUCAAUGGGGUAGACAUGACAGAGGCCAGACAUGACCAGGCAGUCGCACUGCUUACUGCUGCCUCCCCCACCAUCACGUUGCUGCUGGAACGAGAGGCUGAUGGGCCUCUCACCCCUGCCCCACCACUCAGCUCCCCUCUACCCCCCAGUCCUGUCACACCCAUGGCAGUUGGGGAGCCUGGGCCCCCUCCUAGCCUCAUGGCCAACACUCUAGAAGGACCAUAUCCUGUGGAGGAAAUCUGUCUGGUGAAAGCUGGUGGGCCUCUGGGGCUGAGUAUUGUUGGAGGCUCCGACCAUUCCAGCCACCCAUUUGGGAUCCAGGAGCCUGGUGUGUUCAUCUCUAAGGUGCUUCCUCGGGGAUUGGCUGCUCGAAGUGGGCUGCGUGUGGGUGAUCGAAUUCUGGCAGUAAAUGGGCAAGAUGUUCGGAUGGCUACACACCAGGAGGCUGUGAAUGCCCUACUCAGCCCUGCCCCUGAGUUGUGCCUGCUGGUGCGGAGGGAUCCUCCCCCACCGGGCAUGAAGGAAAUCUGCAUUGAAAAGGCCCCUGGCGAGAAGCUGGGGAUCAGCAUACGAGGUGGGGCCAAAGGUCAUGCUGGGAACCCCUUUGACCCCACGGAUGAAGGUGUCUUCAUCUCCAAGGUAAGCCCAGCAGGAGCUGCGGGGCGAGAUGGCCGUCUCCGAGUGGGGAUGCGGCUCCUCGAAGUGAAUCAGCAGAGUCUGUUGGGCCUGACACACACUGAGGCCGUGCAGUUACUCCGUGGCGUCGGAGACACCCUUACAGUGCUUGUCUGUGAUGGCUUUGACCCCGUUGCUGCUGCCGCUCUUGAGAUGUCCCCAGGUGUCAUUGCCAACCCCUUCGCUGCUGGUAUUGGGCGCAAAAACAGCCUGGAGAGUAUCUCAUCCAUUGACCGAGAUGUGAGCCCUGAAGACCUGGAAAAGAAUCUUAGUCCAGAACCCCUGAGGCUGGAUUACCGAACCCUGGCUGCUCUGCCUGGGAGCAACAGUAUCCAGAGGAUCAAUUCCAGGCUCCAGUUUUCUUCUCUCCUGCGUGACAAUCUCUGGGAGCCCAAGCCCAGCGCGAUGGACAGAGCCCCAGCAGGCCUGCACAGAGCUGAGGGCAGCUCAGAGGUCUCAGCCUUGACCCAACCUAGCAAGGGCCCCACUGGGUUUACCCCAGUCAUGGGUGCCUCCCCAAGAAGUCCAGAAGAUCCUUUGGGGGAGGGGGAGAGUCUGGUGGAUUCCAAGUCCAUUCCGUUUGGGGAGAACCCUUUUGUGCUGGCCAACCGGGGAACAUCAUGCCUAGGGGGCCCUCCCCUGGGAUAUGGCCAGGGAGGGGUGCUGAAGACCAGCCUCUGCAUCCCCAAGGUUUCUCCAGGGGCCUUAGGAAACCCUCUUGAUGCCCCCCGCUCUCCCAGUAGCCAGCAGCCACCUGCCUCCCCCCGACCCUUCCACCUGGUGGGCAGGGAGACCCGCUUUGCCUCCAUCAGCUUCCUGCCUUCCCAGGAGGAGCACAAAUCCACUAAACCUGGGGUAAUCCAGCCUCGGCCAUGGCCAGUGGGAUCCACCGCAUCUGGCGGUAGAGACAGCCCCAACCCUUUCCAGUCUUCACCCCUGUCCCGGGCCUACAGCCCCAACUCCCCUCGUACCUGUCCUCCUUCUCCACCCUCCCCCAGUGAGUUCCCUGUCAAUGUUAAGCAGGCCUACAGGACUUUUGCAGCUGUGCCCCCCCCUCACCCUCUGACAGAGGCUCAGGUGGUACCUCCUGGUAGUGCAGCCAGCCCAGAACAGUUGUCUUUCCGUGAGAGACAGAAAUACUUUGAGCUGGAGGUGAGGCCUCCCCAGGCUGAUGGCCCACCAAAGAGGGUGUCCCUGGUUGGGGAGGAUGACCUGAAGAAGAUGAAGGAAGAAGAAGCACGGAAGCUACAGCAGAAACGAGCCCUACUUCUUCAGGAAGAGGAAGAAGAGGAGGCAGAGGAAGUUGUAGUCACUGCCCCUGCCCCAGUGGAGGGUCUGGAGUCCCUGGGAGAACAAAAGAGCUGCCUCCCUCAAACUGAGCCCCCCAAUUCCCAAAGGAACUCACUGGAAGAAGGAUCCCAACAAGAGCCACGGCCCAACUGCCCAGCUCGGCUGAGCCCCAUGUCAUUGGGGGGCGGGGAAUUGGGAGCCCCAGUCCGGACAGCUAAGGCUGAACGACGGCAGCAGGAACGGUUGCGCAUGCAGAGUCCAGAACUCCUGAGUGGGCCCGAACGGGAGCUAUCCCCAGCUGAACGACGAGCUCUGGAGGCAGAGAAGAGGGCACUCUGGCGGGCAGCCAGACCCUCAGCUCUGGACGACAGCCUUAGGGACUACGAGCAGGACCUGGCCCGUAGACUCUACCGGGCCCGCCAGCAGGGGCUUCCGCUCAGACCCACCCCCCGAGUUGGGCCAGGAAGUCCUGCCCCAAGGAUGAAGUCUCUGGAACAGGAUGCCCUACGAGCCCAGAUGGUCAUCGCCAAAUCUCAAGAAGGAAGGGGAAAACGGAGCCCCCUUGGCCAGCUGACAGAGGCCCCUUCACCUGCACCCACUCCCUCACCGACGCCACUUGAAGAUCUUAGCCCCAGGAUCGUCACCUCACCUGGCAGGCUGUCCUUGUCUGAAAAGAAGUUUGACUACCGGGAAUUUGCUGCUCUUCCUUCUUCCAGGCCUGUAUAUGACAUCCAGUCUCCAGGUUUGCCAGAGGAGCUGAACUACCUGGAGGACAGCCUCAGUCCUGGCCUCCAGGAAGAGGAUGGAGAGGUGGAGCAAGUGUUGCUGGGCCCCCCUGGACCCAGUCCUACAGCCCUGGAGGAAGUAACUCUUUGCAGCAACCGUCGAAAACUUCGGCAUGAACGUCGUGGCCUGGACCCUGUGCCCUCCUAGGCCCCCUAAAGGGGAGAAGGAUUGGGGGAGGGCCCUGGACCCUGUGUGCUCUUAGGCCCUCCAGAAGGGGAGAGGAACCUGAACUCGUGCCCUCCAAAAAUCCCAAGAGGUUUAAGGGGAGUAGCGGGGACCUCUUGGCCCCAUAGACUGCUGGAGUAGGGAGAAGGAAAGGGUCUAGAUCCCAUGCUCUCCUAGACUCCCAGAGCAUACUUUCUUCCCCUAUCCCCACUGAAGGAGCUUACAGAUGUUGGGAAGUUUGUAAAUUGUGUCUAGGGAAUGAGAGAGCAAAAGUCUGUACCCUAACACCAGCCACACUGUGCUGGCCCCUUCCUCCGUGUCUAAUCUGGUGUGUAAGGGAACCAGCCAGUGGUGGGGUCACACUGGAUGCUGCUUUGCUUGGGCUCCAUAUUUGACCCCAAGGGUAAGGAUGAGCAGAUUCAGCCCCCAGCCUCCAGACCUUUCUGGAUUCCCUUCUCCAGCUGUGGCUGUCCCUUUGAGCUGAAUCAAUGGUGACCCCCUAGCCCCAUGAAACUGGAUCAUUUUAAUGGAAUUUUGGUCUCCCUUUGAUUGGGGGUGGUGGUGGGGCAGGCAUUUAUCACAAAUCAUUGUUCAUUGCUCCCCCUCCCCACUCCCCUCAUCCCUGGGAGCUUUUUCUAACUCGGUUUUAGCAUUUUAACUCAAACUGUUGGGAGCCCCGGCUCAGCUUCAGUAACUAACUUGUGUGUCUUCCCUCACCCCCCCCCCACCUUCUCUCCUCCCCUCCCCCCCCCCAAAAAACAAACCUGGUACUGGGCGUGUCACACGCCAGGGAAGCUAGCAUCAAGACUGUAACUAGUGACAUUUGUACAACCAAAGAAAUCUAUUUUGUGGUUUAAGGAUAAUAAAGUUUACUUUACAUUUUA